AUGGAGAGAAUCACACUGAUGUCUGUUCUGCUCACAGUCGUGGUCAGUUCGUCUCUGCGUCAGUAUCACUUUGUGAAUCAGAACAUGAGCUGGACUGAAGCUCAGAGAUACUGCAGAGAGAAAUACACAGAUCUGGUCUCUAUCAAUGACAUGAAUGAACAGAAUGAUAUAAAUCAGCUCCUACAGAGAGAGAACAGAACUGACCGUGUCUGGAUUGGGCUGCAGGACGCAUGGGUUUGGUCUCUGAAUAACUCUGACUUCUACAGAGGAAAUGAGUCUCAGUUUAGGAAGUGGGGAUCAAAUCAACCAAAUGGAGAUGGAGACUGUAUUUAUAUGAACAAUGAUGGACAAUGGCAUGAUAUGGACUGUAAAACCCAAAAGCAUUUCAUCUGCUAUAAUGGCAGCAGUAAAGGAUUCGUCCCUGUACAGGAGCAAAAGAACUGGACAGAUGCUCAGAAUUACUGCAGACAGAAUCACACAGAUCUGGCCAGUGUGAGGAAUGAGACGGAGAAUAAUCAGAUCCAGAACAUCAUAAACCAGAACCUAACUUCAGAUCAUCAAGCCUGGAUCGGUCUGCACAGAUCCUGGAAUUGGUCAGACAACAGCAACUUCAUAUUCAAUCUCUGGAGCAGUGGUGAACCCAAUAGCAGAGAUGGCAGAAACAGCAUCUGUGUAUCAACUGGUAUCAGUGGUGAAGGACGAUGGACAGACGAGCGUUGCUCAGAUCAGCAUCUCUUUGUGUGUUAUGAUGAUAAACUGGUUCUGAUCCGAGAGAAUAAGACGUGGUAUGAAGCUCUGAGAUACUGCAGAGAUAUGGACAUGGACCUGGUGUCGGUGGAUUCGGAGCAGAUGCAGCAGCGGGUGAUGAAUGUGACCUCGAGCGCUCUCUCUGAUCACGUGUGGCUGGGUCUGCGUCACUCCUGCACAGUGGGGAUCUGGUUCUGGGUCAACGGUCAGACCAUGUGCUAUGAUCAGUGGACUUCUGGUUAUGACACUGGACUGGACGACUGUGAUAAGACGGUCAGAUCCGGAGUCAUUCGAAAGAAUGAUACUCGCUGGAUCAGCCGCCCUGAAACUGAUAGAUACAACUUCAUCUGCAUCAAGUACUUCUAA